GUUGCAGGGCUCUGUUAUUCAUUCCAACAAAAAGAACUGGACGGGGAAAUUGUUAAAAUAUUUUACUUUAGUUUUAAUUAAACUAAUAAUAUUAAGAAAAAAUAAAAUGAUUAAACAAAUAGAAAAAUAAUUGAAAUUAAAAGAAGAAAAAAUAAGCUAAUAUUGUGAAUUGUAUAAAAAAACGAAAAUUUACACAAAAAGAAGUUUCAAGAAAGAUAACUUUGUUUUUCUUUUUUUGGGUGUUACAAAUUUGGUGGAGUCACGUCAGUACACGUAUUUGUUGUUUGCAAGUGAAUGUGUAUGUUUGUGUUUUUUAACAACAACAAACAAAUAAAGAAAAGGCAUAAGUAAAAAAAGAAAACAAAAGAAUAAUUUUUUACAAUAACAAAAAGAGUUGAGUGAAAUUUUUUUGUUUGUCUGCCAGAAAUACAAGUUAAAACGAAAAAGAAAAUAAAAAUAUUAAAAGAAAAUUAUCUGCAUUAUUAAAAAGUAGGAUUUGGAUUAAAUUACAACAGUUAUAAUUUGGAAAUAACUCAAGUGUUAAAAACUUAGUUUUGCCACCAUUGGGACCUUAAUAUUGCUGGUUAGCUUUAACAAAACAUGUCUAAUCAAGCCGAAAUUGAUUAUGAAAAACAAUUUCAAGAAGAUUUGGCUAAAGCAACCGCCUUAAGUUUAGAGCAACAGGCCCUAGAAGAAUUUAAGCGUUGCCAAAAAUAUGGCACAGCCUAUACGCAAUCUGUGCAACAGGAGGCCAAAAAUCGAAACUAUGCUCAAAUUAGACGCCAGCAUUUUGCACGUAGAGAUUCGGCCGAAACCUCAGUUUCCUCACAAUAUGGUGUAACAUUACCACCGCCACAAUCGAGUCAGCCACAAAGACGUCAUUCGGAAAUAACACAUAAUGUACCACCAACUACCCUGCUAACGGAUGUAGAACGUUCGAAAACUCCUCCCGCUUCUGCGGCUACAGCAGAAAAUGAUUUAAUCAAUUUUGCUAGUCCUACUGCUAAGAAACCGGAGAAUUCUUCGUUUGAACAAUUGAUAGAGGAUUUACAAAAGCUACAAGCCACAAAUCCACAAACAGCCUUAGUGCCUUUGGGUCCUACUGCAGCAGCUCCCCUAUAUCCGGGUUAUCAUGCGCCAGCAACCUCUACACCAGCCGCAGCUUUGUAUGCCGGAAGUGCUGCUGCUAUACAGCCACCGGCUCAGUAUGGUGUGACAACAGCAGCUGGAGCUGCAGGCAUGCAGUUAGUUCCAUUUACACCGCCGCCGCAGCAACAAAAAGUGCCACUCACCCAUAAUGAACUGCAAAAACUGUACAGUAUGUCACAACCACCUUAUACGGCUCCUGUUUAUGCUGGCGCCCGUCCAAUGGGUUUUAUGCCUCCGCUACAAGCGGCCGCCGGCCCCUACUAUCCUCAAACACCUCCCGUUAUGUUAGCAGGAGCAGCAGGUGUGCCUUAUACAGCCCCUGUUCAAUAUCCAAAUCCCUAUGGUUUCCAAUACAAUGUGCUACCACAGGCCACUCAACAACAUUAUUAUCCCACUAAUAUGGCCUCUGCCGCCUCUUUAAACUCCUCCUCAGUUUCCACUUCCUCCUUGGCAUCUGGUGUUCACAACCUAAACAAUCAUUCUAAUCAAUCGCUUAAUGCAUCUGAUUUACCCUCAAGCAGCAAUAGUUUUAAUCAUACACAUUCCAAACUCUCCAACAUAUCUUCCACUUCUUCAUCGCAAAGUAACGGCCAAAAUGUGUUUCGACGUCAAACGCCUCCAGCUCGUAAACCCAAAGCUACUGGUUCGGAUUUAAUUGAUUUAUCGCAUGAGGAUGAUUCCCGUGUUAGUGUUUUAGAAGCCUUCGAUCCUUUACUUAAUGAAGAUAAUGAUGACAACGAUAAUGCCUCGGAUUGUACUUCAUUUUAUGCGGAGUAUGAUCCCUUUGAUUAUUUAUACAGUGGUGGCAGUACACAAUAUUCAGAUCCUGUCUAUGAAGCUGUCAAUAAAUUGGAUAAAUCAGCCGUUAGUCCAAAUGUUUCCUCCACAAGUUGGCGAACUGAAUAUACCCCUGAAAUCAGUCAAAAAGAAGAAUUACCACCACGUUUGGCAGGAGGAUCACGAUCACCACCGCCACCCUUACCACCACGCAAUAGUGGUGGUAAUAGCAAUGGAGCUAGCACUUCAUCGUUUAAUACAUUUGCCAGGGAUUAUGAGCAAUAUGCACCAGUAUUGAAUACUAGCCAUGUAUUGGAUCGACGAAAAACAUCUUCACGUCUUUAUGAAAUUGUCACAGAUCAACGUACUGUGGAUUUGGAAUUACUCGAUUUCUUUUAUAUGGUUAAAGAACUGAGACAACGUUAUCCUUACGAUGAUGAAGUAAACAAUGUGGGUCAUAUUAUAGCAUCGGAAUUUAAUUAUCAUUAUCCUUUGGAGACAAGUAUUAAAAUUUUAGUACAUCCAGCAUUGAAUGCAUUGUUUCCGGAUGGUGAAUCGGCGGCGCCCAAUAAGGGUCAGUUUAAGGGCUAUGGAGCACCCAUACAAUUUACAUGUGACAUUAAUACUCCCGUUGAAAUGGUUAUUAGCCAAGCCUUCUAUUCUUUAGAGGGUCAAAUCAGAGGUCAUGUUAAUGAUUAUGCCGUUAGACCCAUAGGUGUGGCGGAAUGGCUUUCAAAUUCUUCGAAACUAAGUCAAUUGGAAUGUGUACAUAAUAGUUUGAAACUGGAAAAAGAUGUACAAUUGGGUUUGUGUUUGAAAACCGAGGAAAAUAUGAAAGUUAUAGCACGCACCCAGAGAGAUGAUAAAAAUGAAUGUGACAUGCGCCCCGAGGAAGUGUUGCCCAAUGAAACGGCCACCACCAUAACCUAUGAUAGUAUGAUGAUUUUAUUAGAAACUCUGGAAACUGAAAUAGAUAAACUAGAAUCUGCGGCUAAUGACAGCAACUCGCGUACUGUUAUAUCCUGCUCCGGUGUGGUGCAGGGUGUUAAAGCCAUUUGUGCCUUAUUGGGUUCCAUUGAUACAUUGGAACUAGCCGACUGUGUAGCCAAGCUAAAACAAGUUUGUGAAGAUAAUCAACCUAAAUAUGGAAGUUCCUCUACAAAUCCCGAAAUUAUCACCGAUUGCGGCGACUAUGCCGAAGUGUGUUUGCGACCGCGUUCGAUUGUGGAACAAAUAAAAGUGAAAUGCAAUAAUUUAAGAGAUGCCGUACAGGAAUUGAUCGAAUUGUAUUCGAAUGUCUUUAGAGUAGGAUUUUCGGUUAAAACUUUGGAUUAUUCAAUAACACCCAUACAUGUUUCUUUCGUCUCUAAACCGAUUGUGGUGAGCGUCAAUUGUUUACAUCGCCCUCCUCCAUUAUGGCGUUAUGAUAAUUACUCUUUGGGUGUACAAAUCAACUAUGGUUCCCGUUUUAUCUCCGAUCCCGUGGUAACAAAAUGUUCAAAUGAUACUACAGGAGGUUUAUUUCCACGUCUGAAAUUUUCUUCUUGGAUUACGUUUGAGAAAAAUCCAAUUUGUACUUUGCCGCGUGAAGCUCGUUUGAUAUUUGUCUUGUACGGCACUCAGACAGCGGAAAAUGAUCAAAAUAAUGUGGAUAAUGGUGAAAAGAAACAAAUUACCACCGAGUUGGGUUGGUGUGCUAUACAAUUGUUUGACUAUAAACGUGAAAUGAUUUGUGGUUCAUAUCUACUCUCCAUGUGGCCGGCUACGGCGGAUAAGUUUUUGGGCCCAGCUCCUGCUAGAGGUUGUCAUCCUCAGCCGGACUUUUGUCCGGUUUUGAGUAUAGAAGUGCCACCCUACGGUGGUAAAAUACAAUUUCCAGAACCUUUAGAAAAUCCACCACCAGCACCAAGAUACGACUUCAACUCCCUUGACACUAAUCUGCAGCAAGAAUUAUUGGACACUGCCGAACAGGGCUAUCCUGGUGCCAUCGAUAAACGUGAAGUUUUCUGGGAGAAACGUUUGUAUUUGCAAAAUAUUCCUCAUGCCUUACCCAAAGUAUUACACGCAGCCCAUAGUUGGGAUUAUGCUAGUCUCAUGGAUUUACACUCUUUGCUGUAUUCCUGGUCAGCCUUAUCUCCGCUACAGGCUUUAGAGCUGCUACUGCCACGUUAUCCUGAUGCCAAAGUAAGAGAAAAGGCAGUAGAAUGGAUAUCCCAACUACCAAAUGAUCAAUUGGUUGACUAUUUGCCACAAUUGAUCCAGGCCUUGAAGCAUGAUACCUAUGAAGCUUCCUCAAUGGCUAGAUUUUUAUUAAGUAAAUCCUUGGAAUCUCCACGUAUAGCUCAUCAUAUGUAUUGGCUUUUAGUACAUAGUUUACCUGGUGAUGGGCCACAGAAUUCGAUAGAUGCUUCAUCGAGUAAUACCGAUGAAAUGGAUGAUACAUUAAUAACUCAAGCACGUUAUUAUCGCAGGAAUAAGAUGAUGUUGAGGGCUUUGCUAGCCAUAUGUGGUGAGAAACUAUCCAAGAGAUUCUUGCUGCAAAAUCUUAUGUGUAGGAAUCUGGCUAACAUUGCUGAAAACGUUAAAGUGGCCAAGGAGUCCUUGCGUCAAAAGUCUUUGUGUGCCGGCAUGGAUAGUGUCAAUCAAGAGCUUUUAGACAAACCCACCUCUUUGCCUUUGGGUCCAGAACUGGAGGUCACUGGUGUUAAUGUACGCAGUUGCAGCUAUUUCAAUUCCAAUACUUUGCCCUUGAAAAUUUCCUUUAUUGGUCCUGAUGCAGAAAUACUGCCUGCCAUAUUUAAGUCUGGCGAUGAUUUACAACAAGACAUGUUGACCAUACAACUUAUUCGUGUUAUGAAUAAAAUGUGGCUGGCCGAGGGUUUGGACUUGAAAAUGGUCACUUUUAAUUGUGUUCCCACCGGUUUUAAGAAGGGCAUGAUUGAAUUGGUUUCGGAUGCUGAAACUUUAAGAAAAAUCCAGGUAGAAUAUGGUUUGACGGGUUCGUUUAAGGAUCGUCCCAUUGCUGAGUGGUUGGCUAAACAAAAUCCCAGUCAAUUGGAGUAUCAAAGGGCGGUAAAGAAUUUUACGGUCUCCUGCGCUGGCUAUAGUGUGGCAACUUAUAUUUUGGGCAUUUGUGAUAGACAUAAUGACAAUAUUAUGUUAAAAACCUCAGGACAUUUAUUCCACAUAGAUUUUGGUAAAUUUUUAGGUGAUGCUCAAAUGUUUGGUAACUUUAAAAGAGAUCGCACUCCUUUCGUACUAACCUCUGAUAUGGCGUACGUUAUUAAUGGUGGCGAUAAACCAUCUACUGAUUUUCAUUAUUUUGUUGACUUAUGCUGUCGUGCCUUUAAUAUUAUACGCAAACAUGGUGAUCUUUUGUUACACAUGUUAGCUCUUAUGGCAACGGCUGGUAUACCCGGUGUUACAGCCGAUGCUGUUACCUAUGUACGCAAAGCUUUAUUACCAUCACAAUCGAAUCCGGAAGCAGCUGCCUCAUUUGCUAAAAUGAUACAAUUCUCAUUGAAGAGUUGGUUUACACAAUUCAAUUUCUUUUUGCACAAUUUAGCACAAAUGCGUUUUAGCAAUGAUGAGGGCAGCGGUGAACUGUUGUCGUUUGUUCCUAGAAAAUAUACAAUGCAUCAAGAUGGCCGCUUAAGAAGUGUUACUGUGGUGCGCUGUCAAAAACACUAUGAAAUGGAGAAAUUUUAUACAUAUAUUUUACUUGUCACCCGCCAUGGUCAAAAAGAUCCCACACAUUUAUUCCGUUCCUAUAAAGAAUUCACCGAAUUUCAUCAGAAGUUAUGUUUACAUUUUCCAUUAGCCAAAUUACACAGUUUACCCAGUGGUAUACAUGUAGGACGUUCCAAUGUUAAAUCUGUAGCCGAAAGACGUUUACCAGAAAUACGAGAAUUUCUUAUAUCACUCUUCAAUUCGGCCGAUGAAAUAGCACACUCCGAUUUGGUUUAUACAUUCUUUCAUCCUUUACUAAGAGAUCAAAAAGAGGCUAAAUUAGGUUUGUCUAAAAUUAAAGAAGUAAAAUCUCAAACAUCUAGAGAACAUACCAAUGAAGUGGGACAAUUGAAAUUAUCAAUGCAAUAUCGAAGAGAUGUUUUGACAGUAAUGAUACAUCAUGCCAAAGGUUUACCUUUACUGCAGGGUGGUCAAGAGCCCAAUACUUAUGUUAAAUGUUAUCUGAAGCCCGAUGACAAAAAGGCCACCAAACGUAAAACCAAAGUUGUGCGCAAAACCUGUGUACCCAGUUAUAUGGAAACGCUGGAGUAUCGUAUGCCUUUACAAAUCAUACAAAAUCGUGUUUUACAUGUUACCGUCUGGUCACAUGAUACACUGCAGGAAAAUGAAUUAUUAGGAGGCUUUCAAAUUGAUUUAAGUAAAUAUGAUUUACGCAAAGAAUUAAUCGAUUGGUUCCGUUUGGGUAACAUGCCACGUCACUGACAUUUUGAUCCUCAACAUGUUAUGGGAGUAAUAAUUGUUUAGAAAAUCAUCAACAUUGGUAACACACAAUAACAGGGAUUUGCAACAGCAAUAAAAACUGAACCAUGGAUAAUAAUUAUUCUAAUAACAACUAUAAUAAGCCUUUAAGCUUUAAACAACACACACACACACAUACAAAUCAAUUAAUAUUAAACUACAAGGAAUUGUUAAUAACUAAAAAAAAAUCAUUAUACUAAUGCUAAUAAUUAUAAUAUAAAUUUUAUGAAAAUUUGUAUUAUAUUUCUUUAUAAAACUAUUAUUUUUAUUUGUAUAAAUUUAACAGCUUUAUUAUAACAACAUUCCAAAUUAUAAUUAUUUAAAACAACAACAACCACAACAACUCUUUUGCACAAUUACUCAAAAAAUUCUAUAUUUUAUUAAACAUUUAUUUACAUUUCUUUAAAUAUUUUAUAAGAUUUAGCUGCUUUUUGUAGUUGUUGUUAUUUUCAAAUGCACAAUUAUUUUUUUUAUUAUUAAUUUAUAUAUAUAUACAUUUACUUUAUGUAAUUAAACAAACAAACAAACAAAUUGUAUGAUUUCAUAAAAUAUUAUGUUAAACUUAUCUUAUAAAAUGUAUUUUUAUUUUUCUUUUAAAUAAUUUUCACUAAAACAAAGUUCAUUUUAUUCAUUCUUUAGAAAAUGCGCAAAAUUGUAGACAAAAUUUAUUUCAAAAUACCAAACAGUUUUAUAAUUAUAGCAAUAUUUAUUAUAUACUAAAUUAUGGUAACCGAACAAAUCUCUACAAACAGUAAAUUAUCUUAUUAAAAUUCAGUUUUAAUAAAUUGAGAUUAUAAUUUUCACUA